AGGGCCUCCCUGUAUUUUCGGAUGAAAUUUUUGUACCCUUCUGGAUUUGGAGGAUUCCUCCCCCUCCCCAUCCCCACAAUCGUAAGCCCCAAAUCUGCAUAGAGAGGAAAGCAUGGCGGACUGGUCUCAGCUCCCCGAGGAACUCAUUCAAUUGAUCGCUGAACGCCUCCGGUUUACGUUCUACCUCCUCCGUUUUCGCUCCGUUUGCUCCUCAUGGCGAUUCUCCGUUUCCAUCCUGCCUCACCCUUUACCCUCUAAUUUCCCUGUUUUCUCCAAUGUUGGCACUUCCGAUUAUGGCGCUUUCUGCCUUUCCAAGCGCGAUCUUUUCCUCCUUUAUCCGCCUCCCUCCCUCUCCCCAUCCAAUUCCGAUCCUCAUCCCUGGUUGAUCAAAAUGGAACAUGUUCGUGGUCACAUGGCUCUACGCGACCCCCUCUCUCGCUAUCCCAUCAAACCCCUUCCUACGGAUUUCCCCAUGUUGUUGGAUGUGUAUCACCUUCCAAUUAUCCAAUUGGGUCGAGAAUAUGUUCUGAACGACGUCGAUGUCGAUUUGGGCCCUUCUAAUUCAGUAGAGGAUGCUAGUAGCUUGUAUUUAGAAAAGGUCGUAUUUAUGUGGUUGAAUUCCAAAAGCCAGGAAUUUGCUUUGCUCACCAUUCAUGUUUCUGGUAAGUUGGCUUUGUUCAGGUCUGGUGAUAAGGAGUGGACUAUUAUCCCCGACAUGCCAACACCCUACGAUGAUGUCUGUGUUUUUCAAGGCCAGCUUUACGCUGUUGAUAGUACGGGAAGGACGGUCGUGGUUGGAUUGGAUUCGAGUGUCCGCUUGGUUGCUGAACCUGUGUUUGGCGGUGACAAGAAAUUCUUGGUCGAAUCCGAUGGUCAACUAUUGUUGGUUGAUAAAUACUUAUCCUUCGACUAUCAAUGCCUGGGAGCCUAUGAUGGAUUUGACGAUGAUGUUUGUUUCGGGUGGGAGCAAGCGGUUAAAUUCGAGGUUUUUAAGCUGAAUGAAGAAGUAAAGGAGUGGCUCGAGUUGAAAAGUUUGGGGGAUCGAGUUUUGUUUCUCGGUGAUAAUUGCGCCUUUUCUUCCUCGGCAUCAGAUUUAUUCAUCAGUGAAGGGAAUUGCAUUAUUUUCAGAGAUGAUUAUUUCAACGAUACUGCCAAAGAGAAUGGUCUGGGCGUUUUUGAAUUAGAUGGCGAUCGAAUUUGCCCCAUAUCUGAUUAUCCAGGAUAUUGCAGGUUGUUCUGGCCGCCUCCACGUUGGCUCAGAUUGCCGGUGCUCAGAUGAGAUACCAUGAAGUAGUCCAUCGGUUAGAAGAGCUGCAGAAGCUAAAUUUGAAAUAUGGUGGCGGUGAUUAGCUUGGCAGAAUCACAUUGGAAAAGGAUAAUGACAUAAUGAAAUAGUUCGUAAUUGGCAGCACAUUACCUUCUUUCAAAUGGAAAACAGUUUAUUACCAAGGUUCAAGAAAAUUUUCCGCCGUAUAUCUUAGCAGAUAGUUCAGUUUUGAUUUUAUAGUGCCCAUGUCCCACAGUGGUUGCCAAUCUCAGAGUAUAAUGCUGACAUAGCUAUGCGCAGCAAUUGCAGGAUCAGUUGGAAGAGCUGGCCAUGUAAAGAUCAUGCCACUAGAAAUCUAGGCCGUAGAAAUUGAUGCGCCAGUGGAAGCUGAAUAAAUAGCUAACUUGCUAUGCAUUGGUCAAAAGAGAGCUAGCAUCCUUUAACCUCUCUCUUCAUCAAAUUAGACAGAAGACCACUUUGUAUGUGCCACUACCUAAGAGAGUUGUAGAGAAGGAGUAUGAUCAGGUCCAGAAUGUCCUCUUCGCUGAUCCAGGUGAUCAGAGUGGCUGGUUUCAUCAUCUUUGGCUUACUGAUCAAACAGGUCGUGGUUAAAUCACUAUUUUCCCCCUACUUUGCCGUGAUGAGAUUCAUCGCUGUGCCUCCUGAAUGCACUUUCAAGAUUACUCAAACUCCGAUGUACAGGGUGAAGCUUCUUUAUCUAAGACUGUUAUCUUAGCGAGUCUCGUCGCUCAUGGUUGGUUGUCAUUGUCAAUGUCUUUCUUGACAAAUUUGGGGAUUUGCCGAAUAUUUUCCUGGUUGAAAAUAUUUUAAAUUUUAUUUUGGUAUGCAAAUAUGUUAGAUAAAUACCAAGUGUUAUAUGAAAGUUAAUAUUAUAAUAAAGUAUAAGGUUUUAUAGAUAA